GGGUGGAGGAGGGUAGGGGACAAGCCGUUUGUUCAACAUGACUCGGGGGGCGGGUGGUUGGGGGGGGGCAGACUUCAUCCCUUUUUGAUACGCUGAGAUGGCGAAGCUGAGGAGGGCGUCAUGCGUCUAGAAUUAUGUUACGCUGGGACAACCGGUGGGCACAUGGGAGAAGAUGCAGGGUGACCGCAAGUUGCGAUGCAACUUGUGCAAGCACCUGUGGCAGGGGAACCAAUCGAAGGCUGCGAGGCAUUUCUGUCAGUUGCCCUGUUGCCCAGUUCAACGUGCUCGUUGACAUUUGGAACGACACGGACUACAAAUUCGAUGACCGGCAUCACAGAUCCCGGGCCAUUCGUGCGUACAUGAAGGAGCACGACAUCAAAGACUCGCGAGCAGUUGCUGGAGGUGCACGUUUGCGAGCAUCACCUUACACUGCAGGAAGGGACGGGAUCCAGGACGUGCUGGAUGAGGCUGAGGAGCGAGAGGGGGUGGAGUUGCCAGGGGAGGAGGUCGUGAUGACGUCACGUGGGGAGGAUGUUGCGAGGCGACAGGGGAAGAGGCCGAUGGGGGAGGCAGACCAGGCUGCGACCCGACCGGGGAAAAGGGUCCGGCAGAGCAAGAUCGACGAGGUUUACGAUGCAGACAAGCAAUCGAUUUUCAACGACAAGUUUCUGCGGUGGAUCUAUGACUCGGGUAUUCCAUUCAACGCCUUCAGGAGGCAGUCGUGGAGAGAGGUCCGGAAGGCGGCGGAGGAGAUGCCUAGACGAGUGCGGAUGCGAUUUCCUCCCUUCAAGCAAAUCGGCGGAGAUGGAGUUCCUUCGCAGAGGGCGAAGGUGGCGGCCACUCUACGGGGGGUUCGAGAGUCGUUCCGUCACAGUGGGGCCACCAUCUUGUCGGAUGGUAGGAAAUCUCGUGAUUCGCGACCCAUCGUCAACUUCCUUGUUGCGGGUGCAAAUGGCGCCCUCCUCUAUGCCACCGUUUGCCACGAGAGUGUUGUACCGAAGACGGGCGCUAUUGUUUUCCGCAAGUGGAGGGCCAUCAUUGAGUCCUUCCCUGCGAAGGACGUUAUAGCCUUCCACAUGGACUCCGCUAGUAACUACACAGCGGCCUCCCGUUUGCUCGCCACAGACCUUGAUCCAGUGGUCCUGCGCAUCACUUGGCUCCCCUGCUCGACCCAUGUCUGCUACUUGAUGUUGUCAGACAUUGGGACACGAGUGGGUUGGGCAGUUGACACCAUCAUCUGUGCACGAGUGAUGAUUCGAGAUGGUGGUUCAUGGCGGUUCGUGGAGUUCUUGAUCCGUGUGAUGGAGCCCAUCCAUCAGCUCCUGAGGCGGAUGGACAGAGGAGGGAUGAUGAUGUCCAUCGUCUACGAGUGGAGCUGUCAUCUCGUUCAGCUUCUCACGAAGUUGGACUCUGUGCCAGCUGAUCUUCUGACCCCGUGCGUGCGAGAGGUCAGGAUGCGGCUCAUGCACUUGUUGGAGCCCGCGCACGCUGUCGCUCAUCUCCUGAACCCCCGUCGAUGGUCUUUGAGGACUGUCCACCCAGAGUUACGUGCUAUCUGUGUGAUGCACAUGUGGACGUCAGCCUCUCCUGCUAGGAGGAAUUGGGCGGCUCACGAGCGCAUUCAGACGGUGAAGUGGAGCAAGCUUGGCUUCGCCAAGCUAACACAACUGGUUGAGAUUACGACGAAUCUUAAAUUGGCUUCGUGUAGGCAGCAGGGUGGCGGUUAUGUGCUUCCGUGGGUCAUGGAUGGCAUCGACACUGAUAGACGGCGGCAGGAGGAGGACAAGGAUGGCGGUGACCCUGAGCCUGAUGUGUGGGGGGCGAGACCUGUUGGUACCUUCAGCGAUCGAGAGAUCAUGACGCAGAUCGAGGUUUUUCGCAAGGACGACACAAGCCAUCCACGAGAGGUUUCAGCCGUGUUCGGGGAUAGGGCGGCCACUCUGCUCCUUUUCGACCAUGUGCCUCCUCCCCCAUCCCGGGGAGUAGGAAAGGGUUCUGCGGCAGUCGUUCAGGAUGGAGAGGACAAUUGGACGGACGCAGAGGACAUUGCGGGGGGCAUAGACAGGACGAUGGAGCAGGUUUACUUCACGUACGGGGGCGGAUCGAACGGCCAUGCACCGCGGACGUCCGUCAUUACGGACGAUGUUGCAGGCGGGGCACAGGGUAGCGCCACUCGACGACCCCAAGCAGGUCGAGGUCGUGGCGCCGUUGAUCGCGACGGUCCCCCUCGUGCGAGGAGAGUUUUAGGGGUGGACUCGAGCGACGAGGACGAGGCAAAUGGCGUUGAGCGCCUUCGGGACCAUCGAUUUGAUCCGAGCCACCACUCUAGGGAGCACCCAGAGCAGCUUUGGCGGUCGCACAGGUUGGCAGAGCGUAGUGGUCUGACGUCUCAGCAGCCUCAGGACAUACCGCCGAUACCGUUUGUGGAGGGGACUCCGUCACAUAGCGGCCCCGCUCAGGCCGCGACAUCGGACCUACUCACCAACGAUUUCGAUAUCGCGGAUGGAGGGAUUCAUGGAGGGGAGGAGGAGAUGGUGGAUGAGGCCAGUGUGCCUUUGCCUCCUGACGCAGCACAGGUUGAGGAGGAGUUGGUGGACGAGGGGAGUGUCCCCUUGGAGGUUGACGCAACACAGGUUGAGGGCAGUGUGCCUUUGGAUGAUGACACAACACAGGUUGAGGAGGAGGGAGCAGCAGUCCAUGCAUGCCACAGUGCCCCAUCGUUGCGAGAUGCAAAGCUUUGGAAGACGAUUUGUGAAACCCCACUGCUUCGCGACAAGGCUUUGGAAAACGCUCAGGCAAGUGUAGAAGACGACGAAAUGAUGUCGGAGCGGGGAGUCGUGGACCUACGCCGGGAUGUUGCCGGCGACAAGGAGAACGCAGACGUUCGUACAGUCGGAAAGGGGAGGGGGAUUCUUCCCAAGCAUGGUAGUUUCGCUCGAGUUGCUCUUCGUGACGUCUGGAAUACGAUGGCAGCUCGUGAGCGAGUUGCGGAGGAGAGUAGGGCUGCGGAGCUCGGGAUCAAGAGUUUCGUCGAACGACAGGUAGAGUUUGCGGCUAAGUCCAGUGCUGCCUCGGCCAACAACGGCGUUGGCGAUGCGAGUGUAACGUCGGCGGGUUGCAGUGGCCGCUUGCUACCUGAGCGAGUCGCACGAGUAGCGCAGGGGAGGAGGGUAGAGCAUCAGCAUCAGCAGCAGCCGCCGCCGCAGCAGCAGCAGCAGGAUCAGGAGCAGCAGCAGCAGCAGCAGGAGCUCGCUGUGCUGCGUGUGGAUUGUGUCGGCGAGCAGGGAGACGUGGGCAGAUCCUCCUCGCAAUCAACGUCCUCGUCGUUGGUAUGCCGUCAAGGAAGGGAAGGCGCGGCGGAGAAGGGGGGGGAAGCAGGCGGAGUCGUGGCGAAGUCGAGGCUGUUCUAUGAGCUCAAGCAGUUUCUUGAACGGGGUAGCGAUCCCGACAAGUUACCUGGGGUGUACGAUCCUGUUGCAGGGCGCAAGAGGUGCAAUGAAGACGAUGCUAGGCUCUCGAAAUUGAUAUCUCUGGUCCAGGCCGACGUUCAGUGCUUGCAACCAUGGGUGAAUUUACUGGAAUUCUUGGAGACGAGACUCGGCUCUGUGUCCAAAGAGUACUCCCUGAUGUUAUUCGGGUCGCGUGUCACUUUGGCGCGCUUGUACUCAUGGGCGACUAAACAGGUGCGCGGCACGGGUCAGGGGGGCAAUGAGACGUACGUACGAGUGUGGAUUGGCUUCGCCAAACAACAAGAGAUCGACGACGAGGAGGAGGCUCGUAGCACUUUCAAGUACAUGCAGUGCGAGGGGAUUGGAAUUCGUCUGUCUUAUUAUUACACGGAAUGGGCGAUGUUUGAAGCGCGGGCGGGAAACGCGCAGAAAGCCAGGUCGAUUCUGAACAAGGGCAUCAAGGCACAGGCGAAGCCCGUCGAGCACCUGAAGAAACUUGUCGAGAAGUUGGACGCGGAUGGGCCCUCUGCCUUGCUGGAGCAGCCGUCCCUGCCACGUCAGCAGCAACAGAAACACUUGGACCCGCCUCCACGUCAGCAUAAUCUGUUGGAGGUUGGGGAAGGAUUGCGUGGUCCCACCGCCGCCGCGGUGCAAGCUGGGUCCUUAGACAUGAUAAGGGCUGCUGCGGCGGCAGCAGCCUCGCCUGCUAAUGCUGCUGCUGCUGCGCGAACAGCCUUUCCAGCGAUUCCAGGACGGGUGGAAUCGAGCGGCGCACAGCAGCUUUCAACGCCCGCCGUGCAGAGUUCUGCCAUGCCAUGGCAGCGGGCGCAGGCGCGAGGAGGUCCAGCUUCUGCAUCAUCGUCUGGGAAGACUUUGCCUGCUGCAGGAGAGCUUUCCUCGUCCCUUCCUUCUUCUUGCCAAAGGACCACCACCUCCUCUUCCUCCUCCUCGGAGGAGGGUGGCAAUCGUUGUUUCCCUACCUCCGGGCGCCUCGAUUGCAGACCCCCGGCUGGAGAAUGGGGGUCAUCGGUAAAGAGGGGUGGGAAUUCGGCAGCCGCUUCAACCGGACUGACGGGAGCCUCGACGGCCGCUUGUGUUGUCAAUGCCAACAAGGCUAGUAGAGUCGAAGCCACUCUUCUUGCGAGUGGAGCUCGUCAAGCGGACCAUAGUUGUCGUAACGGCUCUGUCCCGCCAAGGGGAGUCGGCUUGAGCAGGCUGGGAGGGAACAGCCAGAACGGGGGCAGGAGGGUGUCUGAUGACGAAAUCUCGAUCGUGAGGGUGUCGGACGAGGGCGCUGACGAAGAUGAUGAGGCGAGAAGGAAGCCAUCGGGGCAUCGGUUUCCCGCUGCAGGACAACUAUCAGGAGCAGAGAACGGCGACGGUCUUCUUUCAGCUCAGGGCGGGAGGAAUCUUUGGCAGUACCCCCCGUCCAGGCUGGUCUCUGAGACAAAGAAGGGGUCGGCUCCUCCCCCUUCGGCUGAUUGUGGCGCUGGACAUGCGGCCGCAAGAGACGGCCAAUCUGACGUGGCCAACGCGACCGCUAGAGGGAUGGCCGAUCCCGAUCCCGUCGUUGAAGUUAACGCUUUGUUCCGAAGUCUGAAACAGAGGCACGAUGCACUGCAAGCCUGCCAGAACCACCUCAGACCAACUACGGUUGGCGAUGAUGUAAUCACGACUGCUACCGCGAGCGAGAGUGGAUCCGAAGAGGAGGCAGUCAUCGUUGGGGAAAGCGGAGGCGGGUAUGGGCUUUCUCUUGGGGACGGACGCGAAAGCAACCCGCGCAGUAGCUGUGGGAGCAGUGACGGCAUUGAAAGCUACCACGGCGGCGGCCCUCGAGUGAAGAAGGGCUCCCGUGAUGGUGGGGCGGGGGGUGAUGAUGAUGCUGUUGAUGAAGAAGUGGGUGCUGGGGAUGGUGUCUCGUCAAGCUCGGUCGCGAACAAAACGGAAGGAACGAACUCGUCAUCGGGCGAGAAAGCGGCCACGUGUCGCUUGCCGCGGGGUUGGCCCCGUCCUUGCUCAAACGAUGGCGGGGGGGCACGUGGCGGUCGGUGCUCGGGCGAUGAAGAGGCAGAAGGGCGAAGGCGAGGGGAGGAGAAGUUGUUGAACAAGGUAGGGAGGGAAGGGGACGCGCCCAUGAUUCCCAGCAUGCGAGACAAUGCGAACACUUGCGGGUCAGCGGGGAGGAAAGAAGACGUCUUUCCCCUUUUUCCUUCCGUCGGGGCGGCACCCUCCCAGCAGCCGCAGCUGAAGAGGGCAAACGGACACGACGUGGGAUCAUGUGUCGCGAUCGGGCUGGGUCGGUAUGGAAGCCAUGUCAGUAGUCAAGAGUCCACGGAUGACAGUUGUCGGGAUGGGAGGAUCCUGUUCUCCGCGCGGCGGCAGGACGGCGGCGGCCUCGACUCGCGCAUCCAGCCGAGCGCGGGGGGUAAGGCUCAAGCCGCUUCUUCUCUUGUUCAACCCGCCCCCGCUCCUCCUUGUCAGCCUACUAGUGCCUGUCGUCGAGACGAUUACGAUUGUCGACAGCGGAUACGGAGAGGCGAGAACAAUAGUGGACGUGGAGAAGGACAAGAGGGCGGGGGGGGUGAAGUUAAGCUACAGCAAGAGGUGUUAUUACAGCAGCAGGUCUGUUCGGAGGCCAGCAGGAGGGGGCUCGCUGGUAGUUAUAGCCAUUGCGAGAAAGGACCAAACGGGGACAACAUAGCCGAGACGGCGGAGGAGAAUGAGGAGCAGGCGGCAAUGGCGCCCUCUGUUCCGGUUCGCGAGGUUGGCGUGAGUAAUAUGGGGAGACUUCCACCGUUCCCGCAGUCAACGGCGGGAUCGAAGAAAUAUGAUUUGCUCCAGUUUCGUUCUACUGGGCUCAGCGGACUCAAUGGCAGCAGCAGCCGCAGCAUCAUCAAGAGCCCAAUGCUGGCCGACAUUGGGGCUUUUAGGCAGGCCGCGCAGGUGUCUUUGCGUCCUCCGUUGUCUAUCCAGAAUGGGAGAAAGGGCGGGUUGUCUGUGGGGACGAAUGGCUCCGUGCCGCCGUCGACGGCCCUCACACCGAGCCGCUUCAAGCGCCUUCGGUCCCUUCCGGGUCCGCCUCUUCGUGUGCUGUGUAUUGGUAACGAGAGCAAUUCUGCGGACGAUGAGGACCCGGAACUGCUGUCGGAAUCAUCUGCGGAAGGAUGCUCGGCGGAAAAGGACGACGACAAGAAGAGGUUAUCCGGGAGUGGCAGCGAGAGUGAAGAAUGUAAGGAGCCUCCUCCUGCUCAUCUAACGGGCCACCAGAGAAGAGGUGAGCGGAUCGAGCCCCCGCGAACGGGUGAGUCAGGCCGCGUUGGCUCCUCAGGAGCAGUAGCCGAUGCUGGAGCAGACGGAGCCGCCGCCAAUCUCGCAGGAACGCGCUUGGGAAGGGGCGGACGUUCCCCUCUGCGCAAGGAAAAGGAGAUGAGCGAGAAGAGCGGGAGAAAUCUCCUUUCUCGUGACGAUGAAGGGCUUCCUGCGGCGCAGAGGGUUUUCUUACAUGGACACUCGAGGAAGAGGAAGGCAGAAGAGGACCUUAUGGGUGUCUGUGAGCAGAACAUAAAGGACGCGGAAGUCGAGGUGACGGAGAGGAAGGAUGUGUCGCCUUGCGUUUCUGGUGUGGAGGAAUCAGAGGAAAAGCAGCUGUGUACAACAAGUGAGGGGGAAAGAGGAGGAAGAAGAGAAGAAGAGAAAGACGAAGAAGAGAAGGACGACGACGACAAAGAAGAAGAGGAAGAGGAGGAAGAAGAAGAAGAAGAAGAAGGUAACGCUGGAGGGGUGACGAUGAUGAUGGAUACUAGCGAGAUGACUACCCUAGUUUUUGUCAAAUCGACGACAGCUAGGGGGGUGCAUCACCCCCAAUCCAUCCAGUGUGUGCGGAGUGCAUCGUCAUCUUGGACUUUGGACAAGCAGCAGCAGACGGACCAGCAUGCCGAAGGCGAAGACGAUAGUGUGCUUACCACCGUUGAAGGUGGUGGCCCCUCCUUGGAGAACAAGGCAGAGGGGGUGAGCAUGGGCAGUAUUGGUGCCGGUUGUGAGGGAAAGAGUGUUGGUGCUGUGUCACGUAGCAGUGGUGGUGGUGCUAAGGCUGGUUGUCAAAACGAAGUCGAAAGCCAGAGGGCAAGUGGAGCUCAAAGCCCGAGGGGGACUCGACUGGAACAACGCUCGCAGUCAGGCGUUGAAGGGGUGACCGGAGAGAAUCGCCUCAUGGAUACGAAGGUGCAAAAUGUAGAUGGGUCGGGGGACCGUGACGAACGUGUUGUUUCGACAGAAGUUGAGCAGAUAGGCGAGGUGAAGGAGGAAAAGGGAAGUCAUCUGUCUCGAGGAGGAAGGAUAGCAGGCGAGGCGCUGGCUAUAGGAGGAGGAUUAAGAACAAAUGUCCGGAUGUGGACAAGAACUAAUGGAAGUAAACAAUCUCCGCUCGAUAACCACCCGACCGAUCGUAAUGGUAAUGCUACGGAGGGGAAGGAGGAGUGCCCAAUGGUUAUGACUCAUGUCGGGCGAAAGGAUAGAGGGAUAGGGCAAGUUUUGCAAAGGGGCGAGCAGGCGAAGGAGGCGCUGCCCCUGCCGCAACAGCAGCAGCGGCAUCAGAAACAGCGGCAGGCUGGAGAGAAGGAGAGCGAGAACCCAAACGAAGGUGGUCUUCAUUUGCGUCUAUCAGGGGAGAGGAACGAAAGCCAGCCUCAGCCUCCUCUUCAGCAAUCAUGGUCACGUCCGCUCCCUCAAUCACAGCAGCAGCAGCAAGAGAAGGUGGAUGAACGGCAGGGUAAAGUGCCCCCCAGCAGUUGCUGCUCCAGUGGAGCUUCUCAUGGCCGUAAUCUGGCGCGGCAAAAGGAAAGCUGUGAUCAAAACAAGGUUGGAGAACAGCAGCUGUCCAUGAAGGAAGUCGCAGAAGAGCCCCGGUCGUGUUCGAUGGUAGUGCAGAGACAGCAACAGGUCCAAGGACAGGGCGUCGGUGAAGGACGGCAGAUGAAGUGCCAAUGGCCUAGCAAGCAUCAGGAGCAGGAAAGAGACGACCGUUCGCAGAGUGUGGAAGAAGAGAAGAAGCCAGUGUUGAGAGAAAAGGACCGCCAGCAAUGGGAUGAAGUAGGGUACGAGAGGCCAACUCGUCCGACGGAAGAUCGACCAACUGCUCAGCAGCGGCAAAAUCAGAGGGAGAAGGACGAGCUGGAGGGUGAAAUGCAUCGCCAGAAGCAGCAGGAUGCUGUCCCCAUCCCGAGAAAUCCUCGGGAGGCUUACCUUGCACCAGGCGCUGUCAAACAGGAAUCACAGCAGCGGCAACUGCCACGACAACGAGAACAACAACCCGGUCUAGAACAACUUCAGCAGCAGCAGCAGCAGCAGCAGCAGCAGCAGCAGCAGAAGGAGGCUUACCUUGCAGCGGGCGCUGUCAAACAGGAACCCCAACAGCUGCAGCUGCAACAACAGCGACAACAACAACAACAACAACAACAACAACAACAACAACAACAACAACAACAACAACAACGCGAUCUAGCACGAAUUCAGCAUCAGCAGCAGCAGCGGCAGCAGGAAGUUGUUCCCAUCCCGAGUAAUUUUCGGGAGGCAGUCAAGCAGGAACAACACCAACAACACCAAGAAGAAGAAGAAGAAGAACAGCAGCAGCAGCAGCAGAAGCAGCAGCAGCAGCCGCGACAGCAACAGCGGGAAAGCCAGUUGCAGCGGCAAAGGAGGGGCAAUGAAAAUGUCUAUGGAGGGGGGGAAGGAAGUUCAGGUGUGAUCGAUAAUCGGAUAACAAAAGUGAACGGCAGGAGCUACAGGAGGCUUCAAAAGAUCGGCACAGGUGGUAGCAGUGCUGUUUUUCAAGUUAUAGGGGAGGACAAGAAAAUGUAUGCUUUGAAGCGGAUAUCUCUCAAGGGGCAUGGAGCGGAGACGGCCAAGGGGUUCUUGGACGAGGUGCAUCUGUUGACUGAACUGAAGGGCAAACGAAACAUUAUUCAACUGGUUGACUUCGAAAUUCACGACACGCUGAUCUAUGUGGUGCUGGAGUACGGCGAGAUCGACUUGGCAAAGUUGCUGGAGAAGGUGUGGAACGGCAAGGGGUCGAGUCGACAGGAAGGUGAGCCGAGGAUGAACGAGCACACCAUCAAGCACUAUUGGACUGACAUGCUGGAGGCGGUGAGGACUAUCCACGAGGAGCGGAUUGUCCACUCGGAUCUGAAGCCAGCCAACUUUCUGCUUGUCCAAGGGGAGGUGAAACUGAUCGAUUUCGGAAUCGCCAAGCAGUUGGAAAGGGACACGACGAACAUUCACCGAAGCGAGAUGGUUGGGACGUUAAACUACAUGGCUCCUGAGACUCUGGAACUGAAGACGGCAGGUACGGGAGUGAAGGUGGGCAGGCCGUCGGACAUCUGGUCCUUGGGAUGCAUCCUGUACCAGAUGGUGUACGGCCGGACACCGUUCGCACAUUUUAGUCCGUACCAGAAGAUGUCACUGCUCCCCCUUCCCGACACGCAGGUCGUGUUUCCUCCGCUCAACAACGAGUACUUGUUGGACGCAAUGAAGCAAUGUUUGGAGAAGAACCCGCGGAAGAGGAUGAGCAUAGAUGGGCUCUUAAGGCAUCCUUUCCUAUGCGGCCCGACGGCGGAGGUGCCACGCCCACUUGAGAGGGACGAGCUCCUGCAGGCGAUGGAGAAGCUCAUCGACGACACGUCGAAGGAUGACGCGUGGCGUGUGCUCCAGGUGCUGAACGACCGGUACAGACUGCGUCACGGGACGAACGAAAUGCAUGUCGCCAAGAGUACGGACAGUGCCGGGUAUGAUAACUCCCAUGGAGGAGGAGGAGGCGGAGGAGAGGUGGUGAGCGGACCAGGAUCAGCAUUAGGAUCAGCAGGCGCAAGACCAGUUGUUGUUCCUCCGGCGCAGCAUCCACAGCAGGGCGAUGUGGAUUCGAAGAAGGAACGACAUGCGUCAUCGGGAUACGAGAACCAGGAUGAUCAUUACAAUCAUCAGUAUCGCCGCCAGCAGCAGCAGCAGCAGCAGCAGCACCAGUAUGAUGACGAUUGGGGGAAUGUAUAUGACGGAUGCGAUGCCGUGAGUAUGGAUUCGCAGCACAGCCCCUGUCGAAGUGAAGAUAGCGGGGUGGGAAUGGAGAGGUGGGGGGGCAAACGAAUGGCAGCUGUGGAUUCGGGCCUAGAGAACGUCGAGGGGGAGCGCGGGCUAAGCAGUGUGAAGCUGAAGAUGGCUGGCAGUAGUGGGGGUGGAGGAGGAGGAGCAGGAUGGAAAUCGAGGGUGACGAUGGAUUUGGUUUGGGUGGGGGUGACGUUUCUUGAAUUACGGGUGCUAUGUCGAGCAAUCUUUGCGACGGCGACUGCAGCAGGUGCUUGUCAGGUCGCGUCUGAUGCGUCGUGGUGGGCGACUGGAACGUGCUCCUGUUCUUCUCUCAUGUUGGGCUCCUCGGGGAAACUUCUGGAUGUGAAAGAUGUGGUGGACUCGGUGGAUGCAGACACGAAUCGACACGACUUUGAGGAGGUCAUGGGGCGUACGACGAAGUUAGGUGGUUGUGGAUUUCACGACCGACGCAGUUGGGGGAAUGAUCAGUUUGCAUCAUUACUCGUGGAGGAGGCAUACGUGGCCCCCAGUGGCCACGCCUCUAAUGGAGGUGACAAUGAUGCGGAAGAAAAGAGCAGAGCAACCUAGAUAAGGGAGUAGAAUGGGGCUUAGGAUAUGUAAGCUGUUGUGCGGGAAUCAGGAUGGGGGGAAGAAUGGUGGGUUCUACGACCCAGUUGUUGGGGGAUUGAUGGGUUCGCAUGACGAUCCAUGGAGUCGAGGUGUGGAACUGCGGUACCUGUAGCCAUCUUGUUUCCUUGUUUUUUUUUUGUUUUUUUUUUUCACAGAAAAUCAAUCAUCAAUGAAUUCAUUUUUUAUCU